CUAGAGUUCCCGGUGGUGGACGCCUGUAUGUUUCUUCUCACGUCUCCGGCGCAGGCCUGCAUAUCUGCCGAGCAUCAGCACGGUCGCCUGCACGUUCAGCCGGGUCACCUGCAUUUUUGGAGAACAGGGGAAGGUGUGAGUUAGCGCUCGUGCGUGGCAUCCACUCGUCGGUUGGCCGACCGGCCCGCCUACCUGCGGGAGGACCGACGCGUCGCAUAUGGAGAGGGAAUCGAUGCCGUAGACGCGGAAGUCGGAGUCCACCACAGUGCCCAUCGCCGCCGAACCCACCCAAUGCCAGACCCCUGUUCCUGCGGACUUGACGAACUUUCCCAAUUCCUCCGCAUCCCACAAAUCUGGUGGCACACACAAAUCCACCCAACACACACACACACAUGGCUGCCUCGGUGGCUCGCUGACCUGCUGGCAGUGGGGGCACCACUGCAAAGCGUCUUGCUGCUUCAAACUGGGCCGCCAUACAAUCAUGCCCAUGAUUAUCCUUCGCGCACACGUCAUCUCGCCACGACCCCAUGUCGUCCUCCUGAAGACAGGCAGACACACAGACACAGAGGCCAACAGGGAGAGACCGUUUCAUGUUGAUGGCCUUUCCGGGGUGGCGUACUUGUAGUGAGCGUGCCGGUGCGGUGGAUCCCUUGGCCAUCUCGACUUGCUCGGUCAGCCACUUGGCGACAUCGGACUCUGCCCCCAGCCACCGAGAGGCCGCCUCCCCCUCCUCUCUCUGUUUCGCCUCCAUCUCCAUCUCCAGCCGUCUUUGGUGCACGAAAUUCUCAUACUGCUGUCUGUCUGGGCCAGCGGCUUCUUCGUAUGAGGCCUUCAGGUGGCGGAUGCCGGCAAGGGGACGUGUUGCGAUGAGGAUCAUGUCCAGCAGGUGGGUGAAGAUCGUCCCGGGGCAGUUGAAAAUGUUUUUUUCCUGCAAGACGCCGUCAAACUCGCCGCUGCCCACCAUCUGCAGGCAGCAGACAGGCCGUCAUGAACGCAUCGUUGCUGUGCUGUGCUCGUCCAUUCCACCCACCCGUAUGGAUGUAGUGAGUCCCAUGACGGCACUGUGGAUGUCAAGCCCUUCAUGGUCACCGAAAUAGUUGCCGAAGACGAUCGGCGCGCCCCACUCAUUCACCGUGACGUGGCCCCUCGACUUGGGCACCGGCGGGAAAGACAUAAACCCUACCACCUUCCUGCAUUCAUGGCGUUGCAUGCGUGCGCCCGUCUCUUUGUGUGGACUAACUUACUUCAAGCAAUCGAAGACCGGCCUGAGAGGGAGACACAGGAGGCUGUCCUGGUUGGAAUUGCACGCCGACACCACCGACACGAGCAAGUCCGUCUCGCUGCAGCAAGACAGACAGACAAACACCAAGCCACAGACAUCACAUCAAUCACAUCCGAGCACUUGUGGGCGUGACACUCAUGCGUACGUACGGUGUGGUGCGGAGUGCAGUGGGAAGGAAUGCUCGAGUGGCCAGGAACAGACCAAGCGCAGAGAAGCCUGAUCCCUCCUCGGAGUUGACGUACAUGCAGUCCAUGCUCACGUCGCCAAUGCUGCACAGACACGGGCACACACACCAGGUCCAUUGUUUCCAGCACUCCACUCCACUCCAUCGCUACGUUGUCUCACCGACCCACCCAAAGUCGGUUGGACAGUCUACGCCCAUCUUCUCGAAGCCUGUGUAGGUGCCCAGUGUCACGUUCUGAUACUGAUACUCUUUGUCUUCAGGAAUUGUGUCAUGCUCAAGGAAGACCAUCAGCGGCGUGAAGAAGCGGUCGUGCAGGUUGCUCCCCAGCUGCGGUAUGUCCAUCACCACCUCGCCACCCUUGUUGGCCAUCACCUUGCUGACCACCUCGAAAGGGCCGACACCACUGUUCAUCAACAAGACGGGUGUCAUGAUCGCUCCAGUCGACAGGAAGAUCUCCCCGCCGGGGUUAAUGCACGCACGCUUGACGUCAUGAUGGUCUUGGGGCCAUCCUUGCUUGAGAACCCCGCACGAUUCCCAUAGGAGUCGAUGGACUCUGGAGGUCCUGGUGAGUCGACGUACUCAAUACAUGUGGCACGAGGCUGCUCGCCACUGGUGUCAAACUCGAUGCGCAGGACGGUCUUGCGCAGCAUGACCUCCAGGGAGGCGGGGGUGCCGGGCGGGUCAGCGAGGGGGCCCUUGAGCAGCACGUCGGCACCGAAGCGCUUCCGAUAGGGGGACAGGACGCCUCCGUCGUCCUCGAAGCGGGAGUAGGUGCGGAAUGAGCCGACAGUGAUGUAGGGGGACGGAUCGGUGACGGGGUUGAAGCCCACGGCCUCCUGCGCCUUUCUGGCCGCGGAGCUGUAUGGCUCACUCUUGCCCAUUGGCUGAGACGUCUGAUCGAAUACCCACCUGUACGACUGACAUAGCAAAGGACACACACACACGGAGAGAGAGAGAGAGAGAGAGAGAGAAUGCCCGACAGACCCUCACGGCUGCCUCACGCCUCGUGGUGUGUGUGGUUCCUUGCCACCUCGUCCACAAGACGCUGAUCGAAAUGUGCGCCAAUUCAUGUUCCAGGUAGUCAAAGUACUCGGCCACCUCGGCUAUCUGCAGACCGGCUGUGAGAGCCGUCCCGCCCGAGAGGACAUUGCCCACGUGUGUGAUGGUCCUGUCGAUGGUGCGGAUCUGCUGAGCGAGGUCCGGGUUGUUCAGCCCCGGCCCCCACCCCCACGGUGUGAGCGCCUCGGGGUGCUCCUCGAGUUUGCCGCCCCUCUCGAUCAGCAGGACGUGGUAGCCAUCCUCAGCCAGAGUGAAGGCCAGGGGACACCCCGCAGCACCGCCUCCCACCUGACCAACUCACGCACGCAAGAAGAGCAUCAUGCAUUUCAUCAUUUCUUUGUCUUUGUCUGUGGAGGCCGUGUCUUUGUUCGCACCACAAUGUAGUCGAAGUAUGCGGCGCCCUUUCCACCGAUCUGGGGCUCGUGAAGGAAAGAGCCCUGGCAGCACACAGAUGGGAAACGGGGCAGCGAGGGAGAUAGUCAUGCUUGUGGUGUGCCACCCAUCGUGCCAUCGGUUCCCUGACCCCGUUCCUGUCCGCGCAGCAGAUGUGCCCACAUAACAUGAGAGAAACCAU